CGAGGGUCCGGUUCAGUUUUAAUUCUGUGUCUAAUCUCUGCAACGCCGGCGCUUCCUGGGUCCCGCGGCUCCCCUGCCCACUCAGCCGCCGCCGGCCGCCGGGCUCAAAUCAGAGCCGCCCGCGCCCCAUCACCCAUCAUGGAAAUCCUUCAAGAAAAAGUGGCUCCGGACGCAUGUGCCUGAGGAUUCCGUACAAAAGAGGUGCCCAAAAUGAAGACCCUGAUGCGCCAUGGUCUGGCAGUGUGUUUAGCGCUCACCACCAUGUGCACCAGCUUGUUGCUCGUGUACAGCAGCCUCGGCGGCCAGAAGGACCGGCCCGCCCAGCAGCAGCAGCAGCAGCAGCAACAGCGGCAGCAGGCGGCAGCGGCAACCGGCAGCGCGCAGCCGUCGGCGGAGAGCAGCGCCCCGUCGCGCCUCGGGCCCCGAGUAGGACCGCGAUCGCUGGACGGAUACCUUGGCGUGGCGGACCACAAGCCCCUGAAGAUGCACUGCAGGGACUGUGCCCUGGUGACAAGCUCGGGACAUCUGCUCCGCAGCCAGCAGGGCCCGCAGAUCGACCAGACCGAGUGUGUCAUCCGCAUGAAUGACGCCCCCACGCGCGGCUACGGGCGCGACGUGGGCAAUCGCACCAGCCUGAGGGUCAUCGCCCAUUCCAGCAUCCAGAGGAUCCUCCGCAACCGCCACGACCUGCUCAACGUGACCCAGGGCACGGUGUUCAUCUUCUGGGGCCCCAGCAGCUACAUGCGGCGCGACGGCAAGGGCCAGGUGUACAACAACCUGCACCUGCUGAGCCAGGUGCUGCCCCGGCUGAAGGCCUUCAUGAUCACACGCCACAAGAUGCUGCAGUUCGAUGAGCUCUUCAAGCGGGAGACUGGCAAAGACAGGAAGAUCUCCAACACCUGGCUCAGCACUGGCUGGUUCACAAUGACCAUUGCACUGGAGCUCUGCGACAGGAUCAAUGUGUAUGGCAUGGUGCCCCCGGACUUCUGCAGGGAUCCCAACCACCCUUCAGUCCCUUAUCACUAUUAUGAACCUUUCGGACCAGAUGAAUGUACAAUGUACCUGUCCCAUGAGCGAGGGCGGAAGGGCAGUCAUCACCGCUUCAUCACGGAGAAACGAGUCUUUAAGAACUGGGCACGGACAUUCGAUAUUCACUUUUUUCAACCAGACUGGAAACCAGAAUCACUUGCUAUAAAUCAUCCUGAGAAUAAACCUGUGUUCUGAGGAAUGAGCGUGUCAGACCGAAACCCCAAGCACCCACUGUACCAGACACCAAACCACUGGACUUCCUGAGCCCCAGACACAAAAGAGGAACAGAACUGGCAGGACAUAUCUUCACUCCUCAAUACCAUGUGCAGAUGCCUAUGAGAAGUGACUACAAAACAGCGCCACUGGCUUACAGGAAAAUUCCAGAAUUAAUACACUCUGAUGCGUGUUCUCCCUUUCAAAGAAGCAGACCUCUUAUUUCAAUGAUGCUGCCAUGGUUACAUUUUGGGUCUCUUUAAGUAUUGCCUUCAAAACUGAAACAUGAGCAGCUCAACAGCAUUUAUUAGGUGUAUUCCUUUAUAGAAAUGCCAUGUCUGCCAUGUCAAAAGACACUUUUCUAUCAAGGUGUAUCCUGACCUGACCUAUAACCUUUGUCAUCUGUUGGCCCCUGUGUGUGUGGUUUGUAUAAAGCUGCCUGGAAGUGUUUCUGAUGAGCACAGCUCCACGGACUUUCAUAAAGUAAAUGCCCAGUAUUUAUUUACGAAGAGUUUUGUAGUGUACUCUAGGCCAGUAUUUUUAUAGAUUAUUAUGUGGUAAUUUAGCCCUAUCUUUAUUUAGGUAUUGUAUUCUAACGCUUGAAUCCCCAACGAUGGUUGGAAAGGCCUGGAACCGGGCUGAUGAGUUGCUGUGCUCAUACGGCUCAUUGUCAGCGUGCAGUUGGAAUUUUCGCUUGGCAAUGUUGUCUUGCAUUUUCUGAACCCUUAGGCUUCCAGAAUAGCUAUCACAUUUCCCAAGGUGCAGAAAUGCUCCAAAUGACAAAACUGAAAACCAAAAACUGUGUCAUUAACACAGAAAGAGACUAAGAAGAGAAACUGAAAGAUAGUUUCCUUUAGUAAUAAUUGGUGGGGUUCACUUAAGCCCUGGUUUCCUUUUCUGCAGAAUGAUGUCCCUAUACUAGAUGACCUCUUAACAUUUCAUUCCAAAACUGAAAUUCUAUGGGACUUUGAGUCAUUUCAGGACCUUGAACUUGGAAUGAUGGGGCUCCCACAGUAACAGGGGCCUUCCAUAUUGCCCUACUACCUAUCUCCCUCUUGUGAUUAAAAACAUAGGUUAUCCCUGGUCCCCAGUAACUAAAAUCUACUCCCUGCUUUGAGAAAGAGAGAGAAGAAAGAGAGAGAACUUCCAUGGUGUUGCCUGACUACAAGAGCAAGGGACUGCACUUCUGUGAGUCUGUCAGGAGAAUUCUCCUAUCAUAUCACGCAUUUAUCCUCUGAACUAUUUAGAUUCACUCCCUGCAGAUCUUACAUUAUAUUCACCACCAUUCAUCCCUGGUGUGGAGGAGUGUGAAGGAUUUAUUUUGUUCAGAGCCAAGGUCAGUCGGUAUGAGAGAUUUUCAUUUAAGCAAGUAAUAUUGUUCAAAAAUAGUCUUUUAAACGAUAUAGCAGUGUGUGUGUUUUUUUUACCCAUGGAUUAAGAGGCAUUAGUUUCUCUAAUGCCAAAUUUGAAGGCACCAGCAAAUACCAGGUAUGAAGACUGAUGUUGUUUUUACAGAACAUGAUCUGGCUUGUGAUUCAAGAAGUUGUCUCACAUUACCAGUUCUUUUCCCUGUCCUUAAUCAAUACUAAGAUCCCAUGUCCCUGCAAUAACUGGUCCUAUUAAUUACCUGGAGUCUGGUUGUUGAGAUGCAAACACGGCCUAGAUAUUUAUACAUAUAGCAAAAUGAAGUUGGUGUUAUCGUGGUGUGGCUUGAGCUAUUAAAAGCCAGUACAAUUGAAAUGUCUGUUCAAAACAUACUGGAAUGUGUCCUAUAAAUUUUCUCAUACUUUGUAAAGAGAAUUUUUUUCCAGUACAAUCUCUUCUGCAGCAUGGACUCUGAAUACACAAUACUUUAUGAACCUUUGAAAAGUGUAUAAACUUUAGAUAAUUGACAUACAGGCCACCCUUACCAUCACUUGAAGGGAUUAUAUUGUUCAGAUGUAAGUAGCUCCUUUAACUACUUUUAUGGACAGUUAAGAAGACAUACUUGGGAAAUGCAACGGAGUAUAUAUUACUAAUCCAAUAAUAUCUCAAAUGUCUGUGUUAUCUUCAAGUUUUAGGGUUUGUUUGUUUUUUAAAGACCUCAUGGUAGCUUCAUCUUUUUUUGUAACUCCUCCCUCUCAAAUACCCAAAAGAGUCGGGGGGAAAAAAACCAAAUUCUGAAAUUUCUGUCUUCACUGGGAAAUAUUUUAAAUAUAUGUGUAGCUAGGACAUGUGAGUGUGUGAGUUUAUAUUUUUUAAAACAUGCUAUAAAUAAAUGUAAGAAAUUA